AUGCCGUCUUUGGAUGAUGCACAUAAGGAGGAGGAAAAUGAUGAGCAACCAGAAGACAAUACAGGAGGGCCUGCAACAAAAUGGAUUACUGUUUUUAAUCGGCCCUGCCACGGAACCGUGCAAAGAUGUCGUUAUAAUGUUAGAGGCGCGAGGCUCUCCCCAAAGAUUGCCAAGGGAAAAAAGGACGGGUUAUUUAUCAGCUGUGUUGCUUCUUGUUCCAAUCUUUGGGCUCUGAUCAUGAAUGAUGCAACUGGUUUCUCAGAUCAAGUAUAUAAGCUGUCUCCAAAUUUUCUUCCCCAUGAAUGGAUCGAGGAACAAUGGAAUAAGGAUUUUCAUAUCAGCGCAAUAGCCGGAGCGGAUAAUGGAAGUUCAUUAGUUGUAAUGUCUAAAGGGACCAGGUUUUUAAGGCAACAUAUUGUAGUGAGUGAUUCAUUUCCAUAUGAGUGGAUUAUUAAUCAGAGGAAAAAUGGAUGUUAUGUAACUGCCAUGGCCACUUCGGAAAAAAGGUGGGCAAUUGUUGCGUCUGAAGGCGCAGGCUUCUCUAAACAGGUUGUUGAAGUCCAUUCGAAGUAUCCAAGUGAGCAUGUUCGGGGAAGGUGGGACAGUGGCUACGACAUCACUGCAACGGCGGCGAAUGCCGACCGGGUUGCUCUUGUUCUUAGCGUGCCAAGGACUACAAUACCAACAUACAAUAAACAGGAGACAUACAGAAGUUCUGCUUUUCCUGAAAGACAUGUCCACGAGUACUGGGACAAGGAUUUUUAUGUUUCCUCCAUUUGCUAUGGCCGAACGUUUUCGCUAAGUGUAUGGAGACAAGCUAUGGUUUGCUGA